AGUCGGGAUUGGGGCUGAGUGGGAGGCUCGGGAAGGGGUGUGGCCGGGAUUGGAAGGCGGGGUCCCUAGAAGAGGUCCUGGGAAUCUACGGAGAGGGAGGUGGGCGGGGAGGCGAGAUGGGCGUUGAGGAGGCCCGGCUUCGCAGAGGAGGCUGGCUGAGACGUGCCGGGAACCAGAAGGGGCAGGAAGAGGGUGGCCGCCGGCCGGGCCCCGCCCCGGGGCCGCCCUCCCAUGGGUUCCGUUGGCUGUGGCGGCUGCAGAGGUUGUGGCGGCCGCGGGGCGGGCGUAAGAUGGCGACAGAGGCGGCGGGAGCCCUGGGCCUGCUGUGGGGCUGGCUGUGGAGCGAACGCUUCUGGAUGCCCCAGAACGUGAGCUGGGCCGACCUGGAGGGGCCGGGCGACGGCUACGGCUACCCGCAGGCCCGGCACAUCCUCUCGGUGUUCCCUCUGGCGGCGGGCGUAUUCUCCGUGAGGCUGCUCUUCGAGCGGUUUAUUGCCAAACCCUGUGCACUCCAUGUUGGCAUCCAGGACAGUGGUCCUUAUCAGCCUCAACCCAAUGCCAUCCUUGAAAAGGUGUUCAUAUCUAUUACCAAGUAUCCUGACGAGAAAAGGCUGGAGGGCCUGUCAAAGCAACUGGACUGGGACAUACGAAAAAUCCAGUGCUGGUUUCGCCAUCGGAGGAAUCAGGACAAGCCCCCAACGCUCACUAAAUUCUGUGAAAGCAUGUGGAGAUUCACUUUUUAUUUAUGUAUAUUCUGCUACGGAAUUAGAUUUCUUUGGUCGUCAGCUUGGUUUUGGGACACCCGACAGUGCUGGCAUAGUUAUCCGUACCAGCCUCUCACAAGUGGACUUUAUUACUAUUAUAUCAUGGAAUUGGCCUUUUAUUGGUCUCUUAUGUUUUCUCAGUUUACAGACAUUAAAAGAAAGGACUUCCUGAUCAUGUUUGUGCAUCACUUGGCCACCAUUGCGCUCAUCACCUUCUCAUAUAUCAACAACAUGGUUCGGGUAGGAACGCUGGUCAUGUGUCUACAUGAUGCCUCAGACUUCUUGCUGGAGGCAGCCAAGCUGGCUAAUUAUGCCAAGUAUCAGCGUCUCUGUGACACCCUUUUUGUGAUCUUCAGUGCUGUUUUUAUGGUCACUCGUCUAGGAAUCUAUCCAUCCUGGAUUCUGAACACAACCCUCUUUGAGAGUUGGGAGAUGAUCGGUCCCUAUCCCUCCUGGUGGCUCUUCAACGGCCUUCUCCUGACCCUACAAGUUCUGCAUGUCAUCUGGUCCUACCUAAUUGCGCGAAUUGCUUUCAAAGCCUUGAUUCGAGGAAAGGUGACUUAUCCAGGAAGGAUUAGACCCAGACUCUGUACUCUCCACUCUUUUCUCACCUCCUUCCUUUUUUCUAUGCCUGGUGGGAGCUGGACAGUUUCAUCUCUUGCAUGUGUCUAAGGAUGAUCGCAGUGAUGUGGAGAGCAGCUCAGAGGAAGAAGAAAUGACCUCCAACACAAAAAGCCCCUGUAGCAACAGCUCCAGCAAUGGUGCCAAUAGGGUGAAUGGUCACACGGGAGGCAGCUACUGGGCAGAAGAGUAGAAUGGUUGGUAUGAGGACUUCCGCACACAUGGACUUAUAGGGCCACUGGCAGCCUACUCCUCUCGGGCCUCCCCAUACCUACAAUCCUGUGACUAGGGGUCUGCAGGGCACCGAGGAGAAUCAAAGAAGCAAAUAUUUUCACUUUUUAAAAACCUCUGCCAUUUUGUAUUUAAUAGCCUCCCAGGUUCUUUCAAUAAUAUUAUUUGCUUGUGUGUGUUUGUGUGUGUGCAUGUGCAUUUGUGCAUAUGCAUUAGUUUCAUUGCCUGGGUUAGAGCACAAUUCCAAACUGGGACCACUAGGCCUUGCCUGGUCCCCUUUGAACCCACCUCAAUCCCAGAUUGGGCUGCAUCUUGAAAUAUGCUGGCUCUGGACUGUCCCCUCUUUUGUUGUCCAAGACUCUUGAGGCUCUGGCCAUCUGAUGGAACAGCCAAGUUCAGCUACCAGUUUCUGCACUGUUCUUCCUUCGGAGCUGGAAUAUUUCACAUAAAGUUGUGUAGAAACUGACAACCAUGGAUGAAUGGCCAGGAUUGCUGUGGCCCCUAGCUAGAUCCCCUUCCUACCACCUGGUAGUGACAGGGGCAACUGCUGAUACCCUGCUCUUUACUCAAUGGUACGCAGGGAGUGGGGGGUGGGAGAGGUUGAGCUGAGGGCUGGAGGAGGACAACAGCUACUGGGUAAGCUGUUAACAGUUUAUACUAUUGUUUACUCUUCUGUGAUUAAAGUGCUUCAACCCUCCUCUGCUA